CUCAAAAUGGCCUUUCUUGCUUUCUUUAAUUAUUGAACAAAAGUUCCAUCAUAUUGAAAACAGAUAAUUUCCAUUACAUCGAUCAACAGCUACGUCACCAAUUAAAUAGAAACUUUAUACACAUGUGCAUGAAUUGAAAAUGAUAUAAUUAUGCAGUAUAUAGAAUGAUGUCUUAGGAUAUGUGAUAUGCGGUAUGUGUCACUUUCAAUAUUGAAUAUAUUAGAUAUAUAUAGUCCAGUACAAAAUACGACGUACACUUUGUUCCCGUUCUCGUUUGGAGUGUGUGGAUGUCUCAAGAUAUUUGAAGGUAUUUUAUUUGAAUAAAAACUACCGCUUCUGACGAAUGUUGUAGUUUGUUGUAUCUAGUCAGGGCAAUGCAUAAAAUCCAUAGGUAUAGCAGAAUUAUCAGUGCACGAAGCAUACAUGCUUCGGUCUCAGUAAAUCAUGUUUGCUUUGGGCUUGCUUUGUAUAGAUUAGAUUUAUUUCAGAGGCAGAGCGUCUUUUUCUUUAGCUUCAGAGCUCAGGCUACUGCCAUGCCCUGGUUAAAUCACAUGAGUCAUGAUUAUUCCAACUGAAUCUUAUUAUUCUAUGCUCAUAGCUCAUUCAUAAACUGAAUCAUUUGUUCUAGAAUGCAGAGAGAGUAUUAUUUAUCUCAUCUUUUAUGUCAAGAAAAUUGUUUUCCAUGGACUUCUUGCCUGUGAGCCUAGCAUGAUCAUGUAUAGCCAUGUAGGAUAUUCUUUGCAAAACGAUUGAUUUAAAGAGCUAUAUUAUACUGGUAAAUGUGCAAACACUUGCUAAUACCUGCACGAAGGCCGAAGCGAUUUAAAUUACAUUUGAUCCUUAUCAUUCCAUAUCAAAUAUUUCAUUCCCAUUUUACUCUUUGUGCUUUGACUGACAACCUUUGAACGCACGUUGCGUAAAGUUAAACUCUUAACAUUUUGUCGUAAACAUGGCGGACUUCACUUGGGUGGUGCACGGUCUAGCAAUUCACUGAUUGCUUGUAUUAUAAUAUAACCGACUAUACCAGUAACAAUAUAUUUACAACCAUGAAAAUGCCAUGAAAGACUGAAUUAAAAGAUAAUCUAAAUUUACGAUGCCGGAAAUAAAAUUUUUCUUUUUUUUUUUGAUGAAAUAUAAUUUGAUGAAUUAUAAUUUUUCUCGUGAGAAAAUUCAAUUUCAACUUUGAAAUUCAAUUUCAAUUUUCGAUUUUAAUUCUUGGGUUUCAAUCACGUGAUGUUUUAGCAUGAUUUGACUCAAGAGGAGGGGUGGGGUCAAUCAUUGAAUUCUCCGACUAUUAUAAAAGCCAAAAUAAGACACAAACCAUGAUUACCUCCUUUAUCCUUGACACAGACCUUUAUCCCCACGUGACGUUAUAUGAAACUCGAGAAUUCUAGGAACGCAAAAAUCAGUUAAAGAUUAAGAUUUGCGUGACUCGUCCCAAAACUGUCACGAGUUGAAUUACAUUUUUUACAAUUACAAUUUUAUUAAAACAAAAUAUAAAAAAUGAAACACAGAAAGAAAUAUUAAAUAACCCACCCGCAUUUAGCAAGGCCAAAUGAUGGGAAUGCAUCAAGUUUGCGAGGGAAUGCAUCAAGUUUGCGAGCUUGGUCCUUUGCGUCCCAUCCCGCAAGCGUCUGUCUUUUCGAAGCAAAUAUAAUUAAUUUGAGGGAGUGGAAGAGUCAGGAAAUUUGCAACAAUAUAAAAUAAUCUCUAGUUAUCUUUUAAUUCAUUUCGAUUUUGCAGAAAAUAAUUUUCAAACCAAAUUACCAUAAAAAUUGGAGAAAAUGGUCAAGUAUUUCAUCGUUUGUUUCUCCUUGGCGAUCAUACUGCGAUCUAUUAUUGGAACAGAAGCAAGACAAGGCAUUGAUGUGUCUCAACCUGCCAGCACAAAGAUAUUCAGUUGUUUGAAACAAACAGGUUAUGAUUUCGCUAUCGUUCGUGCGUUUCGUAGUUCAGGCAUGCCUGAUUAUAAUGCACCUCAAACCAUACGCAAUGCACGACAGGCAAACUUUGCUACGGUGGAAGCAUAUAUGUUCCCAUGUCCAAAAUGUGGAAAUGCACAAAAACAGGUAUGUGUAAGUUUUGAAUUAUAUCAUGUUUUGCUCAUGAAGAAACAUGCCUACCUACAAUCGUGGCAAAAUUGUUGUGGACAGCCCGUGGAAAUAGUGAAAUACACGCUUUGCCCUAUCACAUUCUUGGAAAAACAACAUUUAGCAUGCACGAAACAUAACGAUGCAACCGAGCUUUGAAAGUUGCAUUUAGCCAGAUUAUUUCAACGGCAAACCUUAGUCCAACAUUGAAGAUACGGGAAGUAAUGGCGUGCGCAACAAACGAACAUGUUUUGAAUAUAAGCUGUAGGUUUUCUAUAACAUGACAAUAUUUGGUCCGUUGACUCCAUUGUGGUGCUCGCGGACAGGCAAUAAAUGUUCAAUUAAGGCCAUUUUCCAUUGCAGUCGCUUUGCCCGCCACGUGAAAAAUCAGUCGCGCGGGCACGCCAUGAAAGUUGCCAUGCAGGGUAGUUCAACUUUCAUGGCGUGUCCGCGAGCAGUCAGGCGGGCAAAAAAUGCACAGGUUAGACAACUACUGAGAAAGUUGAGUAAUAUUCGCUCCGCCAGCGCGGGCAAAGCGACUGCAAUGGAAAUCGGCCUUUACGUCAUUCAACUUUCUUGGCGUGUCUGCGCGAAUGACUUUGAACGUGAUUUGCACAUUCCGUAUUUCUCUAUAUGUACUGAUGGCCUUGAAUUAUACAUGCAUGCUGUUUAUCCACGGUAUUCAAAAAAUUACAGUCCCCAAAAGAACUUAGCCGUCGCUUUAAUAUUCGGUUUGUUAGCUUGUUGGUUUGUUCGGAAUCUUAGUAAAUCGUCAAAAAUAGUGUAUCUUCGCGCUUGUGGUGUACUUGUUUAAGCCGCCAACAAGCUCCAGGGCACCGCACUGUAGCUGCACUAUGUCUGCUUCUUCAUAUUUUCUGUUUAAUACUUGUACUGAUGUGGUGUGUUCAUCUACCAUGCAUGGUCUUGAAGUUUUUUCUUAAAUCUUCCUACGUCUUUCCGUGUUCCAAUACUAGGUGGAUGACAUGCUAAGUUUGAAUCUGGACGCAGAUUGGAUCUGGUUGGAUAUUGAAAUUUAUAAUUGGUAUGAUGACGUGACAAAGAAUCGGAAAUUCUUUCAAGAACUUAUCAACGCAGAUUUUGGGAAGUAUGAAAUUGGCAUCUACACUAGCAAAAAUAAUUGGUCAACAAUCAUGGGGUUAGACUACACUGAGGGGUCCCAAUACCCUCUGUGGUAUGCUCAUUAUGAUAAACAGCCAAACUUUAAUGAUUUCCAGCCAUUUGGUGGAUGGAGUGAGCCACUGCAAAAACAGUUUGCUGGAGAUCAGACAGUCUGUGGAUUUGGUGUAGACCUCAACUACAGGGAACAAUCUAUGGCCUUCUAGACUUUAAAGUAAAUGGUAUAGCCAUGCAAAUCAACAUGAAAUAUAUUGGGAUUUUGUUUUUGGGAUUGGUAUCUGGGAUUUCUUUUUAUAGUCAUAUAGCUGAACCUAUAUGGUACUGUAGUUUAUAGCACCUAAAUUAGACGUAAUAAAACAUAUGGGAUUGUUUUACUUUCUAUAGCUUUUUGAUUAUAUAAUAAUAUAGAAUGUGUAUUUGAUUUAAUUAAUAGAAUGUGUAUUUGAUUUGAUUAAACUCAUCAAGAAUUUAAAAUAGUUUUAUUAAAG